CUUUUUUUCAGCAGUAGUUAGAAUGGCUGGCGGCAGGCGCGGAAGAGCCAAAGCGGCCUCCAAUGCACCAGACACGCGUCUGGCACAGACAUCCGCCGCUGCAGAGCAUUUCCCACCGGCAUUCGUCGCCAACCAGGGCGGACGCGGAUCCAAGCGCGCGCUCGAGGACGUCGAGACCCAGGCUGCCUGGCUCGCAGACCGGCCCGAGGUGUUCUUGUCGAGCAUUGUGGCUGCUGCGAGUGCUGCGGCAAACAACGCGGGUGCUGCGGAUCCACUGAGCACGGCGAACGGCUCGUCGUCCCAGGCACAGCUGGUCACUGCGCUGCGUGCGAGCAUUGCCGGUGCUGCAAAAAACCUGUUCGACUAUGCACGCGCCAUGGAAACGGGUGCGAUCGGCAAGCCGCUCCACCCGUCACUCAAAAAGAUCCCCAUCAACGAGCUCGUUGUCGACGGAUUCGAGACAGAGCAGAUCUGGGAGGAGCUGCAACUCCGAAGCGGACCCGUCACUGCAGUCUUGGACCGCUCGGUCGACACGCUGCUCAGCAACCAAGCGACCAUCCCCAUUCUCAGGCAACAACAGGAGCAGGAGCGUGCUUCCCAGCGUGCGCUUCAAGAAGCCCCAAUCUCGUCUGGCAAGCGUGCCAAGAACGCGCUCGGCGAUGCGCUCGCCUCUGGUCUUGAGUUUGCCGACGAGAGCGACGACGACGCCGACAUGGACCUCGAGGAUAUGGACCUGGACGGUGGCGAGGAUGAUGAUGACGAGAAUAAUUACGAUGACGAUGAAGACGACGCGCUUUCCGACGAGAUGGACAACCUCGACAUGGACGGCGACGACGACGACGACGACGACUCUGAACGCGACGAACUCCCCGACAGCCACGAGGACGACAUGUCUGGCCGCGCACCAACCAAAGAGCGCCAAUCCUCCAUUCUUAGCAACAACAAAUCUCAAAAGCCAUCGCGCUCCUCCAAGCGCGGCUCGGCGGUGGACGACGAUUUUUUCAAGCUGUCCGAAAUGACAAAGUUUUUGGAAGCCGCUGAAGACACCUCGCGAAGCAAGCGACGAGCUUCCCGCCACGCCGAUGACGACAUGGGCGAAAACGUGGAGGACGCCGACGAGGAUGCUGAAGACGGCGAGGACGACGACGAAGACGACGAAGAAAUCGACUUGUUUGUCGACCCCGACGAACUGGACGAGGACGAUGACGAUGACGACGACGCUGGCGACCGUGCAGAAGAUGACGACAGCGAUGCUGACAACGACGACGACGACGACGACGACGACGCGCACGAAGGCAUGACGCUCUCACAAGCCGCCGACGCAGCACGGCGACGAGCGCGUGGCCUCAAGCCGCUCCCCGUCAAUGGUGGCAAGGGCAAGGGCAAGAAAGGCGCCGCGGCCGCCGACGAUGACGAUCUUGAUUUGGAGGACUCUGAUUUGUUGCAGCAGUUGCGCGCCCGUGUCAAGGGCAGCAAAACACGCACCGCCAAGCGCAGCGCUGCCGAAUUGACCUAUGCCGACUUUUUUGCAGACCCCAACGCGAGCCGAAAAUCUCGACCCGGUGCCGAAGACGGCGACGACGACGACGACGACAACGAGGCCGAGGAAGAAGACCAAGCCGAGGACGACGAGGACGACGAGCAGAACUUUGGCAGCGACGACGACAGCUCGCCUCGCAUGCGUGCCAACAAGCGUCAGCGCGACUCUGACGAAGAGGCAAAUGACGAGGACGACGAGGACGGCAUGGACUUUGAAGCAGACGAUGAUAUCGACCGCAGCGCAGAGGCGUUGUCGCGCAUCUCGCCGUUUGAGAAAAAGUCCAUGGCGCUCCAACGCCAGAUUGCCGAGCUCGAGAGCGCCAACGUUGGAAGCAAGCCGUGGCAAAUGGGCGGCGAGGCCAACGCGAAGGCUCGCCCUGUCAACAGUUUGCUGGAGGAAGACGUGCUCUUUGAGCGCACCUCGCGUCCUGCACCCGAAAUCACCCAAGAAACAACGCAAACGCUCGAGGACUUGAUUCGAGCGCGUAUUCGCGACAGCGCCUUUGACGAUGUGGCACCACGAAGACCGUUGCCCGACAAGGACAGUUCGCUGGCAAACAAGUCGCGGCAGGCGCUCAACGACGAGAAGAGCCAGGUCGGCUUGGGCGAGCUGUACGCCAAAGAGUUCCAAGACCAGCAAGCCAAGGCGCAGGCCGCGGCCAACGGGCCCUCUGCCAUCGACGUCCUCACCGGUGCGACCGACGAAAAGAAGAUCAAGCAGCACGAGGAGAUUGAUGCCUUGUACGCCAAGCUGUGCCAGAGCCUGGACGCCCUUUCCAACUUCCACUACACCCCGAAGCUUGCCAAGGAGGAAGUGGAGAUUGUGUCAAACGUCCCUGCCGUCUCGAUGGAAGAAAUCAUCCCGACCACGGUCGCCACCACCACGCUGCUGGCCCCCGAAGAGCUGUUUGCGAGCCGCUCCCGAGGCCAGGAGAAGGGCGAAAGCGAGCUCACCGAUACGGACCGCAAGCGCGGACGCCGCAGCAAGAAGAACAUGCAGCAUCACAAGCGUGUCGAUGCCGAGGCCAAGCAGCAAGAAGCCGAGCGGGCGGCCGUGGCGCAGGGCAAGUCGGCAACCUCGGCCCAGUCCAAAGACCAGGUUCUCGAAGGCGUUUUGCGUUCCGCCCAGCAAGGCAACGCGACCGUUCGCGUGGUUGGCAAGGCUGGCGCGCAAGCCGACGGCAAGAAGCAGUCCAAGGCGCUCAAGGCCGCCACGACCGUUGGCAAGAAGGACAGUGCGCUCACCUCGUCCACCGCCUUCUUCUCGCGUCUGCAAGACCAAGUUCAAGGAGGUGCGACCGCCGGCGGCAAGCCAAAAGGCGGUGCUGCGGCUCCCAAGGCGACGUCCUUCAAGUUGUAGACGAGCAUUUGCAAGUGUUGCUUUUUUUCGCUGUCUCUCUUGUCUCUCUUCUCUCUCUUCUCUCUCUCUCUCCUUUCUUCCCUUUCGUGUCUCUCUUUGUCUCUCAAUAAUCAAAUUGAACAAUCGUUAUUGCAAACAGCA